AUGGACUCCUUACUUAGAAAUUCUGUCAAAUCACUCACCCAAUCGGAAGUCGAAGCAAAACUGAAGUCAUUGAUCACAAUUUUCAAGUAUUUGGAUGACAAGGACAUGUUUCAACGAUUUUACCAGAAAAUGCUUUUCAAACGUUUGAUAUCCAACGUGCCUCCGGCAAUGGACUUGGAAGAGCUUGUUAUUGGACAGUUGAAAGCGGUUUGUGGAUACGAGUUUACCAACAAAUUUCACCGCAUGUUUAACGACAUCCAGCUUGGUCCGGAACUCAAUCGUGAUUUUGCUGAAUAUUUGAAGACACUGAAUGUGAACUACAAAUUUGGUCAUCAGUUCAACAUUCUAACGCAAUGCUCCUGGCCCAUCAGUCCAUCUAACAACACAGAGUUCAACCUACCCAUCGAAUUGCAACAAUGUACCUCGCAUUUUGAGAAUUUCUACUCAAAUCGGUACCAAGGACGCAAGAUGCGUUGGGCACAUCAGUUUUCUACGGUUGAAUUAGCUUUGCUUUAUUUGAACAAAACAUAUCAAAUCUAUACACCGGUCAUGCAUGCCACUAUCUUGCUCCAGUUCAAUUCCAUUGACUCCGAUCGUAUUCCGCUGCGUGAUCUCUAUGGUCAUGUGAAUGUGACUGGUCCCACAACCAGCGAAUCAUCCGCCGAUCAGCCCGCCCUAGUCGGUCUGCCCUCCGAAAGCAUACCCAACCGUUCAAAUACAAUGGACACUUCGACCGCAGAGGGUGGUGAAGCCGUACCUGUUCAAGACUUCAUCCAACGGCUUCUAGUCCCACUGCUAGAACUUAAGUUGAUCUAUUUAGAAUACGAUGGUCAGAUCGGAAACACGUUGGACUCGGUUCAGCUUGGACCUGAUACUUGGGUGGUCUUGAACAACGAUUUCAAGAACAAACGCCUCAAAAUUCGUGUGACCGCCACAAACCAUACUAAAGAAGCCAUCCAGACUGAGGCGCACAAAGUGGAGCAGCAAGUCACCGACGAUCGACGAUACUUCAUCAAGGCUGCAGUUGUGCGCAUCAUGAAAUCGCGCAAGCAAAUGGACCACACUUCAUUACUGGCUGAAGUGGUGCAGCAGGCAAGCGGUCGAUUUCAUGCAUCAACCGCACUGAUCAAGCAGUGCAUCGAGAAUCUAAUCGAGCAAGACUAUUUGGAACGCAGUCCGGAAAACGCCAACCAAUAUAACUACCUGGCUUAA